GCGACCGCUCGAGGACCCCACCUCCCAACGAUGAAGCCGACCUGGACGCCUUCGCCACCCUGGCCUACGUCCAGACCCUGCAGAGCAGGAUCGGCAACAUGGAGAACUGCAUCAAAGAGUCCAUCAACACCACUGUCUCCUCGGCGAUGGGCGAUGCCACAGCGCCUAUCACCUCCGCCCUGCAGGCCGCCCAGUAUGCGAUCAACGGCCUGUCGGGCAAGAUCGAGAAGGACAUCAACCUCGCCAUCGGCCAGCGCAUUGACACUGUCCGCAAGGAAUUCCAGCAGCAGCUCGACGUCUUCAGCAAGAGGAUGGGCGAGCUCGAGUCCAGGCAUGACAAGACCGACGCCGCCAUCGCGGCGAUGGCCAACCAGAUCAGAGACCUCCAGCAGGCGCUCGAAGUCGCAAACAAGCAGCCGAUCCAGAACCAGUACGCCAGCCGCGACUUCGACAGGGAGAUCGAUGCCACGGUCGUCAAAGUCCACGCCGACGGCCUCGUCAUUCUCGAGAAGGCCACGGAAGCCCUUUCCAAAUGGAUCACAGAGAAUAACAUUAAAGAGUCAGAUUUCAAGGUCCAGGGGAAUCCUCUACAUCUAGGGCAAGUCGAGCUGCGAGCCGGCCCCGACAAGUCGCCCAAGCAGAUCAAGAUCGAGAUCACGGGCAAGCGCAUCAGGCAGGCGCUGGAGCGGGACUUCCCGAACCACACCUGGCGGGUCGACCGCGCCAAGGGCUGGGUCCUCGCUGCUUGGUCGUGGGAACAUGGAAUGCUCGAGCGCUUCUCGGCUACCAAGGCCGAAGAGUCAUCGAGGAGACCAACCGCAUGCCUCAAUACCUUCCCCCUCGGCAAGAUGACCCUCGGCAUUCAAGAAGUGCACCAGGACAUCGCGCAGCCCCGCGCAUUCAUGAAGAAGAUCGACAGCACGCUGGACAUGCACUUCUCUUCCGCUCCAGGCCGCCACGGCAUGGCCAGCGGAGGGGUGGCCGCCAUCUUCCCUGCAGGCCUCCAUGCUGAGAGCGAAGCUCUCCUUCCUGGUCGGGUCCUCCGCGCCAUCUUCCGCACCAACACCCGGCAGACGAUUUACUGCAACAUCCACAAUUACGAGAUCAACAACGCUGCCAUCAAUCGCAUCUCCACUCGCAUCCUCAGCGACCUCUGCCUCGCCAAGGCAAGCCCGAGCAAGGUGGUCCUCUUCGUGAUGGGUGACUUCAACUUCGCUAUGCUGCAGCUCACGGUCAAUUCCGCCACCUUCUCCUCCCCUGAGGACCUCUCGCGUCGCCGUGUCAGCGACCACGCGGCCGCCCUCGUCUCUUUCACCAUGCGCGACAUGAAGCCAGCUAAAAACCAGCCCAUAGCCCAGUACAUCACGCAGCCCCCCACCUUCAAGAAUAUCGCUGACAUGGAAUUCGAGGCGACUGACAUGAACCACCUGCCCCCGCCGUCCAAGCUCGUGCUCACCACUGAGCUGCUCCGCGAGAUCGCGAGGGAGACCAGGGGCCACAUGCUCGAGACCUCCCCGAACAGCGGCGACGACCACGCGAUGUUGGACGGCAAUCGGGUCGUGCUUAUCGAGCCCGUCAAGUUCGAGGAAUGGGCCAACGAUCUCUGUCGCCAAGAUGCUGACAGACGGCAGGCGGCCAUCAACCUCGCUGCUCAGCGGGGCCGCCUUCGCCCUGCGCAGGCUCGCGCACAAUCGCACGCUCUCCAGAGGAAGAUCAAGUUGUGGAACCCGAUUGGCAAGAGACUCAUCCUGACAGGCGUCAAAACUAGCGUGGGCACUGUGUUGGGGCCGAAGGACAGGCUGCACAAGCUGGUCGAGCACUGGCAGCCAAAGUGCACCGAGACCCUCUGGGACGUCAUGUGCUACAUGCUCAACGGCGGCAUCCUCCCCGACGAAUGCAACGCCACUGCCCAGGCCUUCCUCCCCAAAGGGGACGAGCCCGAAGACUCGGAACACUGCGGCUGCCACCGUGACCCGUCGAAGGUCCGAGUCCUGGGUUUUCGCGACACCUCCAUGAAAAUCAUCGGCAGCACCAUGAACGCUGCGACAGCCACGGUAGCAGCCGAAGUGGUCCCAGCUUCACAGCGCGGCUUCAUCCACGGCCCCAACUUCGGCUACAACGUAUUGGAGCUGGACGUGGAGAGCCGCAUCGCGUCCGCCGGCCCCGAUGCGAAGGGCGCCCUGCCCGUGCUGGCGUCGCUCGACAUAGCCCGGGCGUUCCCCAGCUUCGCACGCCAGUUCAUCCGCCUAGCGCUCAGGGCAAUGGGCGCGCCGAUGGCCGCCAUCAACUUCUUCGACUCCAUGUGCCACAACAUCCUCGCCAUUGCUCCCUGCGCUGGCAGAUGCAUCCCCCUGUUCUACAUCCGCUCGGGGAUCAUCCAAGGAUGCGGGUGGAGCGGCACUCUCUAUGCGAUGGGCACGGCAAGUUUCCUCCUGAAUCUCGAAAGAGCUCUGGAGAACCAGGGGCGAGGCCUCUGCCGCGCAUGUGCUGACGACCUCGGGCUGGUGCUCAAAGCUGUCGCCCACCUCUCCCACCUGGCUGAAGUCGCGAACUUGAUGGACUUGCUCGCGGGGCUCACCCUGAAGGCCCCGAAGUGCCACAUCAUCCCACUCGCGGGCGAGGUCAACACCGAGCUCGCCAACAAGCUCCACAACGCGCUGAUCAACACCGCCCCGUGUUUCAAGGACUUCAACAUCUGUGACUGUCUCACCUACCUCGGACUGCUGAUCGGGCCUGGUGCAACCGAGAAACGAAUAUUCGAGAAAGCGCUCAAUAAGUUCAAGAUGCGUGCCAAGGCUUUCAGUGCUAGUGACGCCCCCUCCAUGGGCUCAGCCGCAUUGUUCAACAGCCGUGCACUCCCUGUCCUAAGCUACCUCGCACAGUUCGCCAUGCUCCCACACGAGUACUUCAAGAACGAGAACUGGAUCAACGCCUCGGUGCUGCGAUUCCCCAACGGAGCCUUCAGGAUCAAAGGCUGGCCACACCUCCGAGCUUGGGGUGUCCACGGUCCGCGUUCGUUGCAGCUCGCGAUGGUGGCCACUAUCAUUCGCUCUGCGGCCACGACCUUCAGCAAAUUCCCUGAGAUCCGAGCACGACUUCAUGAGGGCCUCAACUCGUACGGCACCAUGCAGACACUGAUUGGGGUUGCCCGUGGCGCGCUCCACCAAUCGCCUCCGUGGUGGCAGAUGCCCCCGUUCGUGGAGACGCUGCGCCAGGUCGCCACGUCCACGGCCGAGCAUGUCUACUACCCAGCGAACCUGCUGCGCCCUGCGGUCGCUGGCGCGAUGGAGGCCAUCGACGACGGUCCUGACUCCAUCGGCCCCUUCCUGGAGGCGAGGAUCGUGGCCGAGCUCCCGCACUUCGCAGAGUUCUUCCACUACAACCCAGCCAUCUUCUCCAAGCUGCGGGAAGCCAUGUGCCGCCUCCCUCCGUCGUGGGCCGCAGCAUGGAUGAGGACUAUUUCCUUCUCAUGGCUGACCUCGUGGCUUAUCAUCCACCCGCUGGGCAAGAAGAACUGCAUCUUCGGCUGCCGCCAUGGCCAUGACACGCUCAGACACUACCUCACAUGUGCGCCCCUGGCGCGGGCUGUGGGCAAAGCCUGCAACUUCGCGAAGCUAGGCCUCACGGACAUGACCAACGAAUCCAUCGAGCUCAUCGUGGUCAUGUGCAACACGCACCACAACCUCAGGGGCGAGCUGCGAGUCUCCGAGGAGGCGACCCUCUCUAUCGCCAAGGCGGCCCUGCGCGCCUCGAACGUCGCCGGCGCCAUCGACCACAUGACGGUGAUCAAGGCGCCCACGAUCUGCUUCAACAUCGUGACCAAGUACGGGUUCAGGGAGGAGCGCUUCUUCCUCCUCCUGCUGCGCCGCCUGUGA